AUGCGCGACGGCGCGCGUCGACGCGCGAUCGCCGUCUGCGUCGUCUGCGUCGCCGCGCUCGCGCGGGGCGCGACGGCGACGCGAGCGAGCGCGCGCGCGAUCGCGCCGCGCGCGACGAAUCCGAAUCUUCGCGCGUCUCGUCUCGACGACGCGCGGGCGCCGACGACGUGGAGCGAGGUCGCGGACGAGAUCGCGGCGACGUGCGCGUCGAGCGCCGACCGCGAGGCGUGCGCGACGGAGGCGCUGCUGACGCGAUGUCGCGACGGCGCGCGGGACGCGGCGGCGGCGACGUGCGCGGCGAGAGCGACGACGACGCGCGCGAUGGAGACGCCGAACGAGGGCGAGACGGGGGCGCGAAAGGCGCUGUUGGGGACGUGCGCGGGCGUCGGGCGGGCGAUCGGGCGGGAGCGGGCGUACGACGAGGCGAGGGGGGACGGGGGGGCGAGCGCGUGCGGCGACGACGCGGACGCGACGUGCGAGGGAGGGUGCGUCGAGGGCGUGCUCGAGCGCGUGGUGGAGCGCAUCGUGGGAGAGAUGACGAAUGGGGACGUCGAGGCGGUGGUGGAGCGAGCGCUGAGGACGUGCGAUGAGGUUGGGGGGGGGAAGUACGGGACGUGCGCGCGCGCCGUCGGUCGGGCGACGCGAAGGGCGACGAAGGCGGUCGAGAGGGCGACGCGAGACGCGUGGGAGGCGUGCGGUAGGGCGAAUGGUGUGGAUGGCGUGCGUUCGUGCCGAUUCGGCGUCGUCGAGGCGCACGUCGACGCUGGUUUAGCGCGAGGGGUGGAAGACGCGACGAGGGCGUGCGAGUCGAGCGAUUUAGUCGGCGCGGGGGAGGGCGAGCGCGAGACCGAGGCGUGCGCUCGAGCGCUCGGCGCGGCGUUGAUGUCAAAAUACGAAUACGACGACGUGAAAAGUCGUGAAGGGUGCGAUUUGAGCGCGAACGAUCGCAUCAAGACGGUGUGCGUGGCGGCCGUGAACGAGGAAAAGACUCGAAGAGACAUCGACGUCUCGGCGACUUUGGCGUUUUGCGCGAGCGCGCUGCGGACACCGCUCGGGCAAGCGAGUCCGACGGCGGAUCCGUCGCCACCACCGCCGCCUCCACCUGUAGAUCCCGAUCAAGUCGAACAUCGCAAGGAGGCGUUGAGACGACACGGGACGGCGGUCGGAGGCUCGCUUUGGUUGGCGUGCUUCAUCGUUCUUCUCUCGUCCAUUAUCGCCGUCACCGCGUACUUAUGGUGGCGAGACGGCAUCAUGUUCGGAUCGGGUCGUCCCGUGGUGCAGUACACUCGAAUUCAAGCCACGGAGUUGGGAUCGCUUUAG